GCUGAAACCUACAGACGGCAAAGGGCACAAAAGGCGGGAGCAGCGACGAGCAAUUAUCGUCAUGUCGGUUCUCUUAGCGUGGCUUCGUCCAACGCCGUAUCGGCCCACAAGCGACGCCCAGCACUACCCAAAGUGGCUCAACGCCCUUGGCUUCAGCUACGUGCUCUUUACAGUCGGUCUGAGCAUCGGCAUCAUGUACGUCAUGUCCACGUACCUCGCCAACGACUUGUUCUGGCCCGACUUUGUCGUAAGUGGCAUGCAAAACGCGAUCAUCGACUUCUUCAACAGCCGCCUCGCGCUCAACGCGACGUCGUUCGAGCUCCUCAACCCGGCGUUUGCUCCGCCGACACUCUAUGACAGCUCGGCCAUGGCACUCGACAUCUACGAAGCGUACCCGCGUUUGGUGCUGUACGCCGAGCUCACGGCCAUGGACAAGGCGAUUGCGAGUCUUCGCGAGCUCUUUGCGACCGAGGUGACGCACAUGAUGACGCAGUACUGCUGGGUCGACUUGCAGCAGCGCUGGGAGCUCGGUCAUUCGCAUAAGCGCCAAGCACGAUGUGUCGCCAACGACAAGGCGAACGCCGCCGUGUACCUCGAGGCUGUCGGGCGCAACAUUGAUUUUGGCUCUUGGGUGCCAAUCUACCGAGGCUUCUUCAACAACUUGAUUGUGAGCGCGCUCGUCCGAUCGCCGGGCGGCUACCCCUGGGUGCAGUACAUGCUGUCGCAUGCGUGGGUGCCCGUCGACGACGAAGUGGCGUUUUGGAAGGCCCAUCAACUCGAAUACUUUGAGCUGCAGUGGAGCACGAUCCGCCAAACCGGUUUGACGGAAUCGAUUGGGAUUGAGAAUGCGCUGGGGAUGACGACGCGUGUGACGAUCAAGAGCAUCACGCCCGUGGACCGGUACGCGCUGUGGACGACCCACUCGAUGUACGCGUCGUUUGAGAAUGACAUGGGCAACUUUUACUUUGGUCCGAACCAGAGUUUGGUGCUCAACAGCCCGCUCUGGUUUGGCUACACGCUCCCAAAUGCGAUUGAAAUGUACAACCUCCCGUAUCCGCUCAACCACGCCAACACGGCGCUGCACCACCAGCUCGGUGAACUCGGCUCGGUCGACCUCAAGCUCAUGCCGCCUCCUCCCGCACUCACGGCCGCUGCCGAAGCUUUCAUCGCGCUGCUGACGCUUCAGACAACGACUAGUGCGUCAUUGGCGGCGGCCGUCGCGAGCAUUGGUGCGGUGGAUCUGCGCCCGACGCCACCCCAGUGGCAGAACCCCACUUUUUUGUUUUACGGCGGGAGCCCCGUGUGCGCGGACGGCGAACCCUACGACUUUAUCCAGCGCUCGUUUGGCUUUGACGACACGUGCGCGGGUCAGCUGCCGUUCAGCGUGCAGUGGGCAUCGGCCAAUUCGAUUUUUGCGUUGGCCCAGCUCUCAGCAAAUGACCUCGCGUUGGCCACGGGAUCGCUGUGCAGCAGUUUGGCGCUUCCGGCUACGGACGCCAGCCUCUGCACAACGUCCCUCGCUGCGUCCCUCCGCGCGUUUCGCCAGCUCCAACUCGCGUCGCCAUCGUCAUCGCUCACCGAUAGCGUCACCGCCCUCAACCUCUCCACGAUGCAGUUUGUGCGGACAUCACUGACGGCCAACACGUCGGUGAUGACUCAACCGCUUCUGGAUAUGACGAGCCCGGCGUGGACGCUGCUUGGGUGGAUGAGUCUCUUUGAGUGGGCACUUGGUCAGCGCGAAGCAGUGGCAUUUGAGGGCGACGUCCAGACGCUGCGUCUUCUCUCGUACAAGUAUACACCGGCGACGCAGCUCGCAAAUCCGCUCGACGUCAGCGGCAGCCUCGCCAACUACAUGUGGGGUCUCGCCUGGUACGUGAGCGCCGGCCUUUGCAUGGUCCUCUUUGGCGUCUCGCUGGCUCUAACGCUGACGCGACACCACGCGGGCCUCAACUGGUUCAUGUUCAACCGCAUUGCCAGCACCGUCUGGGUCGGGCGCCCGAUUCUGUUGGUCCGAUCCGCCACCGCCAUUGUCUGCCUCGCCACCGUCCCCAUCUACUUGGAGCCGCAAGCCAACCAUUUGUCGACGCGCUUUGUCGACGCGACGCGACCGUUCCUCGAGUCGACGGUGCUCGCCGGGGAGACGCUCUGGCUGUCGUACGUGCUCAACGAAGUCCUCGUGCAUCUGUCAGGUCCAAACACGCGGCGCGUGACCAUUUUGACGAGCGCAGCCACCUUUGUGCUUGUCGCGUUGCUCGACCUUGCGAGUCCACCGACGCUUGGGUCCUCAAUUGGCCGCGAGUGUCACUACUUUCACAUGGACAUUGGCGUGCUCUGCUCGAGCGGCUCGAUCCAGAUUGGCUACUUUAGCCGUGUGAUCACUAUUGUCUGCAUCCACGGCGCCAUGGUGCUGUUCGGCAUUGGUCUGGCCAAAUUGCUCAAGGAGCCCACGACGCCGCAAGGACACGGGUUUCCUACUGUGCUCUUGCAUGGCGCCGCGACGACCUUUUUCCAGGACCACGGCAGCGUGUCGGGCUACUACACGAUCGACUACAUUAGCGCCAUCAUGUGUGGCCUUCUCCCGUUCGCGUGGGCCGGGCGGUUUUACAUCUUUGAGCUCACGCUAUGGCGCGUGCUCAGCGACGACAACCUCGGGUAUCGCCGCACGCCCGAGGCGUUGUUGCUGCCGCACUCGUCGACCCCUGCGUAUCUGGAAACCAAAGCCGUGGUCGCCAAAGCGUCGGCUGCGUCCGGUGACUCGAGCGCCGUGUUGGUAUUGGCCAAGCGCGAUGCGUGGACACGCUUUGUCAAGAAAUACCUCCGCGUCGGGUUCCUCGUCGGCGGGCUUCUCUACAUUCUGAGCUCGCUCUUCAGCAACAUUGCGUACAUGACGGUGACGGUCAAGCAGAGUCUCGCCAAUGACAGAGGGUGGACUUCCUAA